CUUUACAGACUCAAAUGAUAUUUCUUUGAAAAAAGUAUACACAUCACCGCCCAGACACAACAUAAGAUAGGCUAUAAAUAACUCAGGAUUCACGGCCGAACCGCAUUACGAAAUGGGUAAAUGGCCAUUACACGGCGAAGGAGUGUCGGAAGCAUAUGUUUUUUUGGACAUUAUGUGAUUUGUGGAUUUUUAUUUGAAAAUCUGUGAGAAUGAGCAUAGAGCGUAGAUCGUGCAUGGGCUCAGACCCGCACGUCACGAAGAGAUUAUGUGCCACGCUGAUGUUUUUUAUUGGUGUAAUUUGUGUUUUUGGAGGCUAUUUAUUAGGACGUAUGGCCCGGAACGAGGUGCGACGGACCAACGACAUCGUGCCCAUCAAUCUCACGGUCGCAGCUGAAAUCCUGUACAAAAAGGCCAAGCGCGUCUCGCCCAAAGCCGUCCACCACAAUGAUCCAGAAAAAAUAACCGUCAAAUUAUUGGACGCAUUCCAUUGUACUGCGCAUGAGUGCGGUUUACAUAGUAUAAGAAAUAACAAUGUCGCUGACUUUGUAAAAACUUCAAUACAUUACCACGUAGCUAAAUUGAUCAGGUCAAUUAACAACGCAUCCGUCUAUUUAGACUCAUUGAGGUGACAUAGGUUUUUUCGUCCACCUUGCUAAAUGCUACUUUUUGUAUUCCUUCAGAGAAAUCGUGAAGAGAAAAUACGUGGGCGCUCGGAUGAGAUUAAUUAGGCUAAAAUGUAUUGUACCUAAGCUUUUUGUAAGUUUUAUAUCUUAUAGCUGUUUAUCUUGUUUUUUAAUUUAAA